GUUUGUAGAACAUGGCGAACUGUCUCUCAGUCUGACCUCCUAUGGCAGAACCUAACCCGACGAAUCUGGCAUCGACACCACCUCCUCCACCUCACUUGGCACGAAGAAUACAUUUACCGCCACCGAACUGCCAGAAACUUCCGUCUCCGGCGGUGUAUCUACACCACACUCCACUUCCCUCCAAACGACGACAACACCAACGAAGGCCUCUCCUGCCACCGCCUCGCCCUCUCCGACUACCUCCUCGCCGCAGGCUUUUCCGAUGGCUCAGUCCGCCUCUUCCACCUCCCCACAAGGUUCCACCUCUCCACCUUCCACCCACACCAACGCAACCAUCUCGGCCCCUUCUCCCGCGCCGUCUGUGGACUCUUCUUUUCCGAUGACCGUCUCAUCUUCGCCUCCCUCGAUGGCGAUAUCCACGUCGCAUCUAUCAACGUUCCCGGCGCCACACGGCGGGCACACUUGGGUGACGUCGUCACCGACGGUGUCCUUGUCGAUUUCGCCGGUUGUAACCAGUGGUGGAUCGGCCUUUACGCAGGUCUUCCAGAUCGUGCAUUUCACGUGCGAAAUGGUAACACCGAAGAGCUUGUACACAUCGGAGGCACAUUAACCAACCCGGACGCUGUAAUCGGGUGGAGCUUACUGAACGAUCUGACGGAGCAUAUUGGCCGGAUCCGAAUCGCAAGUGAAGAUCUGGCCGUUGGUUUCACGAGCAGUAAAGUUUUAGUAUUUGAUCUAAGAAACCAGAUAACUUUACGGGAGGAGGAGGUUAUGAGAGUUAUAAAUGUUGGGGAGGAGGAAGAGGAGGUCGUGGGAGAUAUAAACGUCGGGGCUGCUGAUGCGUAUGAUAAGGCUCUUGUGUUCGUAAAUACUAGGGGUGUAGCUAACGUACGCCAUGUGGGUAGUUUGGAGGAGAUUUGUAGGUUUCUGGCUAGAGGUGCGUUGUUGGGUUGCAUGAAUGGUGGUUACUCAUUUAUUAGUACUAGGGGUGGUAUUAGGGUUUGGGAGUUGGAUCAUGGGGAGUAUUUGUACAUUUUUAGAGAGAGGAUAGGGGAUAUCACAGCUAUGGUUGCCGAUGAGAGGUAUUUGGCGGCUUGUAGUAGCGAUAACACUAUUCACUUGUGGGACUUUGGAGCACGGUAAUAGCGGUAGACCUGUCCAUUUUCGUGGACAUAUAACCGUCUGAUCAGAUGGAGAACUAUCUCCAUUUGUUCAGACGGUUAUAGUUGUAGACUUGCUGUGUAAGUCUACAACUAUCGAAUUGCGUGAUAUUGGUGUUGGAUGUAUUGGAGUAGGGUUUGAUUUGUUAUGGUUUGACAUUUGAGAUUGCUGGUAUAGUUAUUAUUAGUUAAUGGAUGGUGUAGUCAUGUGGUGGUAGGUAGGUUAUAUGCAUUUCGCAUGGUGAAGAAGAAUUGGUGAUGGUUAGGUUUUAAUUUCAGAAAAGUCUUG